GCCACCACGCAUCUGCGGUAUAAAAGCAACCUGCGUUGCAGCGCUUAGUUUCAUUUCGGAGUAGCCGAUUGUGAAACGCAUUUUCAACAUGAAAUUUCACACUAUAGUCCUGGCCACAUUACUUCUGGCGAGCAUGAUUGCCGCGUAUCCACAGAAAGAUGGGCAAAUCUUCAGCAAUGAGGCGAUACGGCAAGCUCAGAAUACCUAUCUUAUCCCGAAGGAUGCGACUAUACAAAAGGUUCAAGAGGGUAUCGAAUUGGCCGCUUACGAAUCAAUCCCCGGGGACCAAAGGAUCAAUCUCUUCGAGAUCUUGGGCGAACAUGUGCCACCCGAGGUGGUGAACAAUCUUCAGACCCAAAUCGAUCAAAUAGGUCGAAAUUAAAUUCUUCCUUCUCGCACAAUCGUCGUUAUCGUCAUCAUCGUGUCAAAAGUAAUUUAAGUGCCUUCGUAGAAAAGUAUUUGUAAAUAAGUGAUUCUCUUGUAUCUUGCUUUUGUAUUUCACAAAAAUAUUUUUACGUCUUGUAGAAAAUUUCCACUUUUCGUAAAUACAUUGUAUGAGAAAUAUUUUUAUAUGUACGUAUCAUUUUCUGCCUGCGAUUACGUUUAUGUAUAUUCAUUUACAAAUAGAUUAUUAUCGAUAUAAAAAUAUCACAGUGUAUUUUAUAACAAAAUACUUUGUAUUUGUCUUUCAUAAUUUCAUUGAUCUUUCGAUAGCUUCAUAGGCUAUUUAGCAUUGAAAUAAGUAGGCAUUCCUCAAAAUGCGCAGUUUGCAGAUCGUGAAAUUAAUCAUGUAUUCGCGUAAAGAUCUCUUAGUCUGAAUUAUGUAUGCUGCUAGCGAUAUAUCAUAGAGAAAGUUGCAGAACUACUCAUCGAAGAAGCAUACUUUCACUUCUGUUUAUCAUGUUACUGAACGUGACUUUUCUAUUCUGUCGUUUAUUACAUGACACAGCUAAAUCGGAAAUUUCAACAUAAUCAAGGCACGAUAGGGUUAUGAGAUCAUGUUUUCCGUUUUCUGCUUUGUUAAUUUUAUUGUCUUAUUAUUAUAAUACAUAUCUAUAUUGAGAACGGAAGGUCUCGAUUCAUACUUUUUGUGGAACUUUCACUUUCUUUUAUAUAUACAGCUGUGCAUACGUAAAUGAGAUAGAUCUAUCAGAAAAAUCAUUAUAUAACAAUAAUACACUUUGAUCUUAUCCUACUGGUUACAAAAGCUUAAUAAA